AAUGGGAGCCGCAGAUUCAAAACCGAUUAACAAACUUUUUGAACAUUAUACAUAAAUCAAUGCUCAUAAUAAUGGUAAAGAUUGAUACCAUUAUCUUCAGAUUUCCCUGAAUGCAAGAUCUUAUAACAUAAACGAGAUCCUAAUCAAUAAUUAAUCUUACGUACAAUCAAUAUUACAGAUGAAGCACAUUUUAAGAAGACUAUUCAUUAAUAUUAGAUUAGAUAAAAGAUUAAUCAUCCUAAUGUUCUAAAUCUCAAUAAUUACUUUUAUGAAUUUGAACAAUAAUUAUGUGGAUAGUUUUAUAAGGUCAAUUUAUUGUUCGAAUAUCCAUAAAAUAAUUUAGAAAGAGUAUAAACUAUUAAUGAAAUCUAAUUAAUUGAAUAUCUCAAAUAAGCAAUUUCAGGAUUAGCAUGUAUGCAAAGAAAUUAAAUUUCACAUAAUACUUUAUAACUUAGAUAUUUAUUCUUAAUGAAUGGAAUUGUUAAAGUAAGUGAUCCUUAGUAUUUCUAACAGAAUACUAAUUAUGUUCAAAUAUUACAAAAUCCUAAUUGUUUGGAAUCAAUUUAUUUAUCCCCUACUUUAGUUAAUACAAUUAGGACUAAUAAUUGGUGGCCAAAACAUAAUCAAUAUAAAAGUGAUCUAUUUACUUUAGGAAUGCUAUUUUUACAAUUAGCAUUAAAUUAAGUCAUUAAUGAUUGUUAUAAUUAUAUAUAAGGUAAAUUUAUUGAAGAUCAAUUAAAUAUUAAAUUAUAAAAAUUAAGAACUCGAUUUGGAUAACAAUUUUGUGAUUUUAUAUAAAUGAUGCUAAUUAUAUAAGAAGAUUAAAGACCUGAUCUAAUCUAAAUGGAAUAAAUUAUUAAUUAAUAAGAAAUAUCAAAUAAAUCAUAUUAUUAAUAACAAUAAACUCCUCAUGUGAUUCCAAAAUAAAUCAUACCUACAUAACCAAUUGGAUUGAUAGAUACAAUAAAUUAACCAAAUUAAUUAUAAUUAGAAUUUGCAUAUAAUACAUAAAUUAAUAAUUAAUCAAAAAGAAUAAAUUAAGUUCAAACUAUAUCACCUAUUGAAUAUGCUCAUCAAUAUACAAUUAAAAUAACUUCAUCAUAAAGAAGUUCAACACCAAUUAAUAAAGUUUCCAUUCAAAAUUAAUAAAUCUAAUCUAGAGAUUGUUCACUCCCAAAAUAAAAAACCUAAAGUUAAAAUACAAGUUCAAGAUAAAUAAAUUAUGAAUACUAAAAUAAAAAAACCUAAUUAUAAACUAAUAAUUUAAACAAUACAAUAAUAACAACUGAUUAAUCUAUUAUUAGUAAUAAAACUAUACUUAAUCUUCCACCAAAAUAAUAAAUUAAUUAAAAGAAUUCAAUAUCUAAAUAGAUCAAUUAAUAACCAGAAUUAAAUAUACUACCAAUAUAAGUAAUCUAAAUUCAAUAAGAUUAAUAUGAUACUUUAUCAAAAUUUGUACCUUCAGAAAUUUAUAGUAAAUAUUCUAAAUUUGAUGAGAAUAUAGACUCUUAAAUAAGUGAAGACAUAAAUACUUAAAGAUAAAGUAAUUGUGAUUAUUCCAAAAUUUUAAUCGAUUCUACUAAUCUACCAUAAUAAAUUAAGAAUACUUUAACAAAAGAGUUUAAUUUGCCAUGUGAAACUUCUCAAAUCACAGCUGAAAAAGUUGAUGCACCUGAAUUUGUAGUGGAACAUUAUGGAAAUGGAUCUCGUUAUGAAGGUAUUAAAAUGAAUGGGAUGAGACAUGGAUAGGGUAGAUUUUAUUAUUAGGAUGGUGGUUUGUAUGAUGGAGAAUGGAAAGAGAAUAAAAUGCAUGGAGAAGGUAAUUUUUAAGUUAUUAUGAGUAGGAACAUUAUAUUAUGGAACUGGAUAACCAGCAUAUGAGGGAAAGUGGAAUGAGGAUCAAUUUCAUGGUUUUGGAACUUUGUAUAAUGAACAUCCUUAAAUGUUAGAGGAAUCAUUUGAUUAUAGGGAUUUUGAUUAUGUGGAAGAGUAAGUAUUGUAGAGAUAAUUAUUAUAGUUAUUGGAUGAAAUAUAGUGGUAAUUUUUAGAUGGAUAAUAAGGAGGGAUAAGGAAGUUUACAUUUAACAAAUGGGGAGAGAUUUGUAGGGUGGUUUGAAAGGGAUUUAAUAAAUGGGAAAGGAGUAUUUUAUAGAAUGGAUGGAAAGAUGAUGGAAGGAAGAUGGGUAGAUAAUAAAUUAGUUUAUUGA